CUUAUUUUAGUCUCAAUAAAAAGGGAAUGUUUCCAUUUAUUUAAAUUUGGAAACGAUUAAAAAGGGGUGUAGUAUUCCUUACAUUGCUUACCUUUUUUUUUAUAUCUUACAUCUUUUUUUUCAGUUAUGUCAAUAACUAUAAAGCCAUCACAAAAGUUUGGCGGAAACGGAGGGAUUAAUCUUGAUGAUUUUAGUUUAAUUAUUAACGACCAAAGUUUUAGUGGUAUUGCCAUAACAAAAAUUCUUGUUAGAAAAAUCGAAGCUCAUUGUGAGAAUAUUGUAGCCUUUAUCCAAUUCACUUAUUAUAUUGAAACUAUAAAAGGAUCAUCAGCAUAUGAAUUCUCAGGUAAUAAGUAUGGUAAAGGUGGAGGGGAUACUCUAAUUAAAUAUUUUACAUAUGAUGAACAAGUAACAGGAAUAAGCGGUAGAUAUGGCCCUUAUGCCAAUACUAGUAGUAAUGUAAUAUUAAACUUAGAAUUCUAUACAUCAAAAAAUAAUACUAUUAGUUGCGGCAAAUACAGUUCACUUGACACACCAUUCACUUUGCCCGUAGGUGUUUUUUAUGGUAGUAGUGACGAUUAUCUUAAUAGUAUUGGAUCAUACGAAAUUUCAUUUCCUUCAUUUCCUUCGUUUCCUUCACAAUCGACCGUUAUAGCUCUUUCUUGUACUACUGGUAUUCUAGGAUUUUGUUUCUUAGUAGCUAUUGGAAUUUUUCUAUGGAAGAAGUUUCGUAGUCUAAAAGGUCCAAAGCCAAUCCCUACUCCAUCUUCAUCAAAUUAUUAAUUUAAUUCCAAUUUUUCGAAUCUUACAAGAAAUAUAUUAUUUAAGAAUGUUAAUUAUUAUUUCUCUUGAAUCUUGAUACUUUCCUUUAGUUACCUUUCUA